AUGAGCUCAACGGCAGACGUCUUGGCCAACGGCCACGAACACGAGCGCAUCUUGCGUCCGCGACCGCGAAAAGGAAGACACGCACAAGUUACACGAACCGUAUCCAGUGAGAGCGAUGCUCAUCUAGGCUUACCGGCCGAGAGCGCACCAGCAAGUGGGUUGACAAGCGGCCGUUCUACUCCCAUCCCCGAAAACGCACCUCCAUCCGCAAAAUCACUCUCCUCAGCACGCAAACUCGCCCGUGCCGAGCAAAAGCGCCGCAUCUUCCCUACCAUCGAGUACGCCUCGCGAGUCUCGCACUUUGACCCGGAAAGCGACUACCGCGACUUCCAUGGCUUCUUCAACCUCUUCUGGAUUGGCCUCGCCAUCAUGGGCAUCACGACCAUGCUGCGCAACAUGAAGGACACGGGGUACCCUCUCCGCAUCCAGAUAUGGACCCUCUUCACCGUCAAGCUGUGGCACCUUGCUAUUGCGGACUUCCUCAUGGUGGCGACAUCGCUCGUCGGCCUGCCUCUUCACAAGAUCUUUCGAACGGCACCCACGGGGGGAGCAUUCACAUGGGCAAAGGGCGGAAUGGCCAUCCAGAGCAUAUACCAGGUCCUCUGGCUGGCGCUCUGGAUCGCCGUCCCCUUCCUCCUGGAAUGGACGUGGACAGCCCAAGUCUACCUCCUGCUGCACACCAUGGUGAUGCUCAUGAAGAUGCACUCCUACGCCUUCUACAACGGCCACUUGUCCGAGACAGAGAAGCGCCUCCGCUCACUCGACUCCCCGAGCGACAAGUCCGACCGCAGACCAGCAUACGUCUACCCAACGGCUAAUCUUCGCCGCGGCAGCAUAUCCGGCAUCCCAACCUCCCAGAACCCCUUACCUGAGAAGAAACCCUCCCGCAGAAACGGCUCCUCCUCAGACGACGAGAAAUCCGCCGACGAGAAAUCCGCCGACGAGAUCGAAAUCCUCCGCGAGGCACUCGCCCGCGAACUCACCUCCCCCAUGGGCAACGUCACAUACCCCCGUAAUCUCACCUGGACCAACUACAUCGACUACCUCUUCUGCCCUACCCUCUGCUACGAGCUCGAGUACCCGCGCAAGCAGCACAUCAACUGGACAUCGCUCAUCUACAAAAUCAUCGCCACGUUCGGCUGCAUCUUCCUCCUGACCGUCACGUCCGAGGAAUUCAUCGUGCCCGUCCUCGCCGACGCCUCCCGCCGCCUCAACUCCCCCACCGCGCUCUCAACCUCGGAAGCGCUCCUCAUCCUCGCCGAGUCCAUAUCCUGGCUGCUCUUCCCCUUCAUGCUCACCUUCCUGCUCGUCUUCCUCGUCAUCUUCGAAUACGUCCUCGGCGCGUUCGCUGAAAUCACUCGCUUCGCAGACCGUCACUUCUACGCCGACUGGUGGAACUCGACCGACUGGAUGGAAUUCUCGCGCGAGUGGAACGUACCCGUGUAUUCCUUCCUACGGAGACACGUAUACAGCGCUUCUAGGCCGCAUACCGGCAAAAUGGUCGCCACAAUCAUCACGUUUCUCAUAUCCGCCGUCAUGCACGAGAUCGUCAUGGCAUGUAUCAGCAAGAAGAUUCGCGGCUACGGAUUCAUCUGUCAGAUGCUGCAGUUGCCCAUUGUUAUGCUGCAGCGGACAAAGUUUAUAAGGGGGAGGCAGACGCUAAACAAUGUCUGUUUUUGGUGCUCAAUGAUUUUGGGCCUCAGUUUGAUGUGUGCACUGUACGUGCUGGUAUAG